AUGUCGCAUCACCUGGCCGUAAAGGCAGGAGCCAAACCAGUGGCCCAGAGAAGGAGAAAGAUGUCGCAGGAAAGGGCGGAAGAGGUGGCCAAGCAAACGGCCAGCCUCCUAGAAGCGGGACUCAUCCGGGAACUGGACUACUCGACCUGGUUGUCGAAUGUAGUUCUGGUUAAAAAACACAAUGGGAGAUGGAGAAUGUGUGUGGACUACUCUGACCUCAACAAGGCCUGUCCCAAGGACUGCUACCCCCUGCCUAAUAUUGAUGCACUUGUCGACGCAGCGGCGGGGUACAGGUUGAUGAAUAAGAUAUUCAGUGAACUCAUGGGCAAAACAGUAGAAGUCUAUGUGGAUGACAUACUCGCAAAGACCGCACGACCCGACGAUCUCCUGAGCGACCUUAACGGCGUUUUCUCGUCCCUACGGCAACACGGCAUGAGGCUUAAUCCGCUCAAAUGCGCGUUCGCCAUGGAGGCCGGAAAGUUCCUAGGCUUCAUGAUCACUCAAAGAGGAGUGGAAGCCAAUCCCGAAAAGUGCCAAGCGGUCCUUCAAAUGAAGAGUCCGGGUUGUAUCAAAGACGUCCAGAGACUUGCCGGAAGAUUGACAGCUUUAUCCCGUUUCCUCGGCGCAUCGGCAGCAAGAGCCCUACCCUUCUUCAAUUUAAUGAGAAAGGGAAUGACGUUCGAAUGGACCCCAGCGUGCGAAGAGGCAUUCAACCACUUCAAGGAAAUCUUGGCGGCACCACCAGUUCUCGGGAAACCCAGGGCCGGAGAACCACUCUACCUCUACCUGUCAGUAACCGAGGAAGCGCUUGCCGCGGUCCUCGUUACAGAAGAAGCAAAGACACAACAGCCCGUUUACUUCGUGAGCAGGGCACUCCAGGGACCAGAGCUGAGAUACAGCAAACUGGAAAGACUGGCGCUGGCGCUCCUAGUGUCCUCCCGAAGGUUAAGACAAUACUUCCAGGGUCACCGUAUAGUCGUGAGGACGGAUCAGGCGAUUCGACAAAUACUGCAAAAACCUGACUUGGCUGGUAGGAUGAUGACCUGGGCCAUCGAGCUCUCACAAUAUGACCUACAGUAUGAGCCCCGACAUGCAAUCAAGGCCCAGGCAAUGGCAGACUUUUUGGUGGAGGUGAUAACCCGUUUCGGUAUCCCGGAGGUCGUUAUCUCAGACAACGGGACCCAGUUCACUGACAAGAAGUUCAUGGAAUUCCUCUCUGACCUAGGGAUAAAGCAAAAGUUCUCCUCAAUAGAACAUCCCCAAACAAACGGGCAAGUAGAGGCCGCAAACAAAGUCGUCCUUCUUGGUCUAAAGAAGCGCCUAGACAGUAAGAAAGGAAACUGA